AGAGCAGAUGGAACAAUGGGUGAUGGGCAAAAGAGCAAGGAGGGGGAGAGCAGAUUGAAAAGGAAAGAGGAGGGGGAGCAGCGGGAGAGAGAGCGAUGCAGAGAGAGAGGAGAGGCUUCUCCAAACGGCGCCGGAGAGUCGGAAGUUUCAGCUGCACGGCUCACACACAACCAGGACAGAAGACACAAGCUCACACGUAUGCAAAGAUAUAAGAUGCUGCUCCCAGCGAGCAUGCUGAUUGGCCUACUGUGCCUGAGCCAUGCGGGCGUUGCGAUGGGUUUCGCUCGUCUGUUGGACAACGCCGAAUUACGCUCGGCUUUCUCGGUGGCACGAACCAACAGUAUGGAAGGUGGACCCAAGAUGACCGUCACCUUUGACGCGGUCUAUGUCAACAUCGGUGGUGACUUUGACCCAAAGACCGGCUUGUUUCGCUGCCGAAUCCCGGGGGCCUACUAUUUCUCCUUCACGGUGGGAAAGUUCCCCCAUAAAGACUUGUCCGUGAUGCUGAUGAAGAACAGGAAUGAGGUGCAAGCUAUUGUGUAUGAGGAGAAUGCCGGAGAGGAGAAGAAGGUACAGAGCCAGAGUGUCAUGCUGCAACUGGAGUUUGGUGACACCAUUUGGCUCCGUCUUCACGGCGAUCCUCGUUAUGCCCUCUAUAGCAACACUGGACAUUACACCACCUUCAAUGGUUACCUCAUUUACCCCGACACCUACGACUACCAGACACACCAGCAGCAGCACCAUCCUGCCUACAACACCCAACAGCUCCAGCAGGACAGUGUGCCGCUGUGGAAUAGCAACCAAGCCACAGUAGAUGUUGGGUCUGAACUGAAGAACAUGAUGGGUGGGAAGGAGCUGGAGCAUCAGGUGGAUGGCGAGGAGGAGGAGGAAGAUCCGCGAUCUGCUUUCUCAGUGGGCCGCACCCAGAGUAUAAUCGGAGUGAAUCAAGUCGGCAUACCGCAGCACCAGCCGGUCAGCUUUGACACGGCGUUUGUUAACAUCGGGGAGGACUUCAAUGUGACCGAGGGGCUGUUCAGGUGUCGCGUUCCGGGCGCCUACUACUUCUCUUUCAACGUGGGCAAACUUCCCCAGAAGACUCUGUCCGUCAAGCUGAUGAAGAACCACCUCGAAGUGCAGGCAAUGAUCUACGACGACAGCCACGGCGAGAAAGCGCUGCAGAGUCAGAGUUUGAUGCUGUCGCUGAAACCAGGCGACACCGUGUGGCUGUACUCCCACCAGAGAGAUGGCUUUGGAGCUUACAGCAACCACGCCAAAUACAUCACUUUCACCGGCUUCCUGGUGUACCCGGAACUCCCUUCCACGACUAAAAUGAACACCACCAGUCCGUCACAGGCAGAUAAGAAGCCCUAGCCGCCACAGCUGGGCUACAGACUAAAUGUCGAGGGUGGAAUUCAUGCAAAUUGGUGAGCAUGAACGAUUCUCCAUGGUUUUUCCACACAUCCUCUUCAUAUGAAUUUCUUUGUGAGGUCACAGAGACCAAGCACUGGGGGCAGAGCUAGAAUUUAAUGAAUAGUUCCUUCAAUUCCAGCAGAAGAGAUCCCAAAAUGUGACUUCCUGGCCCACCAAAUUCCACCAUUGAGUGACUGUGAGUGUUCGACUGUGCAAGGAAAAUACGGUAUUUGUGUCAGUUGACCUCACAUCCAAAUUAAACAGCACCGCUGAAUUGAGUUUCAACUGCAGUUUAAUGGCAUUAAAAUACGUGUGAGAAUUUUUAAAGAUCCAAAGUGUCUCUCAGGAUCACAACCGAAGAAUGAGGAAGUUUUCAGGGCAUUGAAUCAAUCCCAACUUAUAGUUCAGGUCUCUUGGAAGACCUUUCACCUUCGUCAUUUCUUGCUCAAAGACUAGGUAGGCCAUCUCUAGCCUGACUAGAUAGGACAGCUCUAAAUCCUUUGUUGGUCAGCUAUACUCUGAUUAGAUAGGACAGCUCUAGUCAGUUCUCUAGUCUAGUCAGCUCAUACUCAAAGACUAAAUAGGGCAACUAUAUUGUCUUUAGAGAUGUCCUACUUAGUGUUUGAACAUGAACUGAUGAAGCUGGUCUGACAGGACUAGAUAGGUGAGCUUUAGACUGUCGGGCUGAAAACUAACAAUGAUUUUAUUAGUGGAUUAACCUGAAGCUUGUUGUUUUGAUUAAUGGAGUAAUCAAAUCAAUACGAAACCAAAUCAAUGCAAACCACACAAAGUUUGUCCUACCUAGUCUUUAGUCUAGUCUAGAGCUGUCCUAUGUAGCCUGGACUAGAGUGGCCCUACCUAGUUUUUAGUCUAGUCUAGGGCGGUUCUACCUAGUCUAGAUUAUUGUCUAAAGAUGACCUACCUAAUCUUUAGUCUAGUCUAGAGCUGUCCUAGCUAGUGUAGACUGGAGCUGUCCGACCUAGUCCAGAGUGGUCUUAUCUACUGUAGAUUAGGGCGGUCCUAUCCAGUAUUUAGUCUAGAGUUGUUGUACCUAGUCUAGACUAGAGCUGUCCUACUUUGUUUUUAGUCUAGUCUAGAGCUGCUCUAUCUAGUCUACACUGGGGUUGUCCUAUCUAGUCUGGACUACAGCUGUCCAACCUAGUUUUUGGCCUAGCUGUUCUACCUAGUCUAUUGCCUAGGGCUAUCCUGCCUAGUCUUUAGUCCAGUCUAGAGGUGUCCUAGCCAGCCUAGACAAGAGCUGUCCUAACUAGUCUUUGAGCAUGAGCUGAUGGAGCUUGCUCGGGUGAGCGGCGAAACAUCUUCUAAGACAACCGGAACAGUCCAGCUGCGAUGGAAUCAAUGCCCUGAGAAUACAACGACCUGGAUGAAUGACAAUAUUCACAGGCUCCCUCCUGUGAAUAAACAGUUCCGUGUAAUUGUUGCAUUCCUUUUUUCGCCCAUUCGUAUUGUAUGUAUGGUGUUUUUGCUCGUGUGUAAUGGUCUUCUUUCUCAUUGCGUCGAAAUUGAAAAGACUUUGUGAACUGUGUUGAUUGUUGUUGACAAAAUGGGUCUUUGUCAUCGUCAUGAAGCAAGCCGCCGGGGCAGCAGAGGAUAAAAAUAACUGGCUUUGGGAAAAGUUCAAACCCCAUAUCCAUCCCACGUGCGUCGAUGACCACAUGGCAUCUCCGAGCCCGCAGGAACGUGCACCGAAAUUAGGUUUCUAGUACCGGCAGCGUUUAAUUUAUUUCUUAAAAUGGGGGCCACUAAGGGGGAAAUUGAAUUUUUUUCUUCAAGACCACUUUAAUAUGCAUGUGAGUUUCAUUUCACACUUCGGGAAGAAAUUGGAAAUUGAGAUAGACCUUGACUUUAUGAAAUGACUUUCACCAUGUGAAGUGAUGCUUCCCUUUGAUUGGACAUUUUAGUCGCCCUUACCGUUAUGCUUAAGUAUGACAGAUGAUGCUGCGAGCUCUGGUUUUCUGUGUGCUGAUGAACGGUGAAUUCUGUUCACGGAUGGGGAAUAGUUUCCAGAGUACCAGUUGGCGUACAAUGUGUGAAAAGAAUAAAUACGUGAUAAUACCAAGUGGGCCGGUCGGAUGUCAAAAAUAGAAAUUUUUAUGGGCGUCCCAAUCACUCUUCACCAUUCACUGAUGGUCUCGGAACCAGAGGCAGACACAGCAAGCAGAGAUUAAAGCUAUUUUCUAACCAAUAUGCAUAUUAAAAUAAAAUGUAACUUGAUCCGUUUCAGUUUAUGACAAAAAACUUGCAUACAAAUAUCGACUUUUGGUAUAUUUCAUGGCAGCAGGGCACCGCUUACUGAAAUCUCAAUUGGAACAUGGACAAACUUGUUAUUUUUUUACAUUAAAGGCUUGAUUUUUUUAAGUCAAAGGUUUUGAAAAAAUUUUUUUUUACAUUUUUACAUGCACGUCUGAGAUUUUCAGCGUGGUUCACAAGUACCUUACCGUUUUGUAGUUUUUCUGUGCAAACAGAUAAACAGUAAUGGAAAAAAAGAUUUUGUGCACUUGAACAGGAUGCUGUAGGAAAAUGAGUGAAAUCCCUACAUCCCUAACACAGACUGAAACACUCAAAGAACCCCUCACGAAUACGUCUUUGUUACGUUCAGAAGAUGCAGACAAAGAACUUCAGCCCAGGCAGAAUCGCUGCAAUAAUAAAUCAAAAAUACUAUCAAAACACUUUGAAACACGCCACCAAAGCACAAACAUCCAGGGAUAUAAAAGCAACGAUUUGCUUAAACAGAAUUCACGCCAAAAAAAUCUAACCUGAAUUUUGAUGAGCCUCGAAAAUACUUGCUGGUCGUCAACAGAAACUUCCAUCAUCGCCCUACAUUUUCCGCUUUUACUUAAAACAACCCUCAUUAACCAUGUUUACUGAACCUACAGUAUAUCAUUUAAUGACAACACGGUAAAAUGCUUAAACUUACCUGAAAUUGGAAACAAACAAUUGCAAUGCCAGCACUGGAGAGAGCGAUUAGUGGCCAACAAAGGUUUAUCUCAGAUGAGGAACCCUGUUCCGCUCUCUUUUAUAACUUCUGUCAAAGAGGUGGUAUGAGGAGUAUAAACUUCUCUUUUAUAGUUGUUUGGGAUAUUAGUUUCAACUGUCAGUCUCAAUUUGGACAUCUAAUUGCUCCUCAGACAGAGAUUUAAAAAGUGGCAUAGCUCGAGUCGAAACUGUGUGUGAGCACAGAUAAGAACAACAGGGUGCAUCUUUUCCAAGUGAAAGGUCUUCUGAGUGUGUUAUGUCUCUAUGGUCGAUAAGCCGUACUUUGACAAAAACAGAAUGGGAAAUAUUUCAUUCCUAACACUGCAAAUCACUGUACUGCAGGGGUGUCCAAAGUUUUUCCAGUGAGGGCCACAUAGAGAAAAAUGAAAGGAUGCAAAGGCCACUUUAAUAUUUUGCAUUAUUUAGUUUUAAGUGAAAAAGCCCAUUGUUAGUAUCAACUUCACUCUGUGCUUUUUCCCCAUUUUUGCUGGGUUUUUUCAUGUUCAUUCCAAAUAUUUUAACUUUCUCUUUCUCUUAGUCUUUAUUAAUUUUCUUCUUGUAAUUUUAUGGCUUUAUUGUUUAUUCUUAAAGCUUUAUUUUGUUAUGUUUGUGUCUCAUUAUAUUACAAUUGAAAACAAAUAAUGUCUUCUCUCUUUAAUAUUUGAAUUCUGUGCUCCUAAAAUGACAUUAUUUUUCCUCAUAAUAUUAAGAUUUAAUUAUUAAUUUAUUCUCGUAAAAUUGCAACUUUUUUCUUUUAAUAUUUUGACUUUAUUGUUGUAAAAAUUGCCCCUCCCAACCAUGUCAACUUUAUUCUUGUAAAUUUUCUUCUUGUAUUAUUAUGACUUCAUUCCCACAUUUUGACCUUAUUCCCAUAAUAUUAUAGCUUUUUCCCCAACAUAGUUUCCCAAAAAUGGCAACUUUGUUUUGUUUUGUUUGUGUCUCGUUAUAUUACGAAUUUAAAAAAAAAUCAUGUCUUUUUCUUACACAAUAUUUCAACUUUAUGCUACUAAAAUGUUACCUCUCCUCAUGAUAUUUCAACAUCAUUCCCGUAAAAUUAAAACUGUUUCCUGGUUAACUCUUAAUAUUUUGAAUUUAUUCUUGUAAAAUUACUGCUGAUUUUUCCCAGUUUUGCUGGUUUUGUGUUUUUUUGGGGGGCUGUUUUCUUCUUAAAUCAUUUAUGUAGAAUGUGCUGACGGUCAAUGAAUAAACAGCCGCGGGCUGCAAAUGGCCCCUGGGCAACACUUUGGACACCCCUGUCUUACGGCCUCUGAAGAUAAUUGAUGUGAAAUGCAAUAUUUGGUAAAACACGCUCAUAGCCCAAAAUUAAAAAUGUUAUACAACACAACACUUUAGCAUAAGCAUUCUUCCUACACUGGCAAAAGAGGCACAGAGUGAGUGUUUUCUCCUGCACACAGUUUCUCGCCUCACACUGAUCUUUUUGCCACACGGGGGAUUUUCUCCUGGCACAUUUGAUGAAAAGCGGUUAUGUGGCGAGUGCCCAGUGUCACACUCCCACCACGCCGCUCUCCGCUUCCACGGUAUUGAUGAACAUUUACCCCCAUGGGUUACGUCUCAUUCCAUCCAAUCAUGUCUUCUCGGUGUAUUGUCUCAGCCUCGGUGCUUUUUCUACUCCAGUCCCAUUAAAGGACCCCUUCACAGUCUAAACUCAUGAUGGCUCCUUGAACAUGGUACAGUACAUGCACAAUCCAUGGUGUGUGAUAGAUAAGUGACUCUACCGGUCUCAUUUGAAACAUCCUCAAGCAUGUGAUGCAUGCCUGUAACUGAAAAUGCAAUGCAUUCAAAAGAUCACAGGCCCAGUCAAUGCCUGUUAUUGUUUUUUUUUUUUUUAAUAAAAAGUCAAAUUAUCUGUACAAUUACUGAUGUGUUGAGUGUCGCUGCUCUUUAUUACUGUGUAUUUACCUACUAUGUUGUACUUAAUAUGACUCUUUCAAGUCCAAGAGUAAACCCCAUCUCAAAUCUAACUUGACCUCAUAAAAUAUAUACACAGUAUAUAGACUGUGUAUACAUUUUACCGUGUCCUGUUUUGAUCAUGUGGCUUGUGUCGUGAAAACGUUGACUAUUUCUAACGUGUUAAUCCAAUUCACCAAUUUCAGCGUUUGACAGAAUAAAAUGCUUUAAAAAGUAA